GAGGCGCGUGACAAUGGUGAAAAAGGCGCGUGGGUCUGAAACAGAAUUCAGAGCAGCAUCGGAGCUCCAUAAUAGCAACAGUACCUAUCAUCAUCAUCAUCAUCUUCUUCUUCUUCCCCUGCCAUUUCUCAUUCUUCAAAACCCCCACUUUCCUUUCCCCCCCAUUUCCCCAAAUUUCCCAUUCUCAAAAUCUCUACAAUGGCUUCCUUCUUCUUCCUCUCUCACCCCUUUUGACCUUACUCUCUCUGCACCAGCUAUGGUGUCUAUGAAAUGAAGGACCGCCAACGCUGGCAGCCUGAAGAAGACGCUCUCCUUCGAGCCUACGUCAAACAAUAUGGCCCCAAAGAAUGGAAUCUCAUCUCUCAGCGUAUGCCUAACCCUCUCCAUCGCGAUCCUAAAUCCUGCCUUGAGCGCUGGAAGAAUUACCUCAAACCUGGCUUGAAGAAAGGCUCUCUUUCCCCUGAAGAGCAGUCUCUUGUUAUCUCUCUUCAGGCUAAGUACGGUAACAAGUGGAAGAAGAUCGCCGCCGAGGUCCCCGGUCGUACCCCUAAGCGUCUCGGCAAGUGGUGGGAGGUUUUUAAAGAGAAACAGCUUAAGCAGUUGCAGAAGGCGCAGAACUUAACUCAGAGGCGCGAUUAUCAAACCUCUGCCGUCGACGGGAAUAUUAUUCCCAUUGCUGCUGGUGUUUCUUCCCCUGAGAAAGCGCUUCAAGGUCCUUACGACCAUAUUUUGGAGACCUUCGCUGAGAAAUACGUUCAGCCUAAGCUUUACGCCGCCGCCACUGCCGCUGCGUUUCAAUCUCCUCAUCCGCCUCCGCCUCCGUCGCCCUUGGCUAACGUUAUGCCUCGUCUUCCCAUCCCUGACGCGGAUCCGGUUCUUUCUCUUGGAUCGGUUAGCUCUACGACGUCUACUUCCACCGUUCUUCCUCUCUGGAUGAAUGUUAACUCCACCAGUACUGCUUCUUCUUCCACUUCCUCAACCACCCCGUCGCCGUCGGUGAGUCUCACGCUAUCUCCUUCCGAACCAGCCUCUCUGGACUUGGAAGUGAACCGGAUCGGAGCUCUAGUUCAGUACUGUAAAGAGAUGGAAGAAGGGCGGCAGAGUUGGGUUCAGCAUAAGAAGGAAGCGACAUGGAGACUGAAUCGAUUAGAGCAGCAACUGGAGUCGGAGAAAGCGAGGAAGAAAAGAGAGAAGAUGGAGGAGAUGGAAGCGAAAAUACAGAGGUUAAGAGAGGAAGAAAGGGCUUAUUUGGGUCGAAUCGAGAGCGAUUACAGAGAGCAGUUGAAUGCUCUGCAAAGAGAUGCAGAUUGUAAAGAGGCGAAGCUGAUGGAAGCUUGGUGCAGUAAGCAUGCGAAAUUGACGAAGCUUGUGGAGAAAAUUGGAGUUCAAGGACAUGGGUUGGUGGUUGUUUCUGCUAAUUCGAAGGAUAUCGGCCAUUGAAGCUCUGCUUCCAUGGUGGUGGGAGUUAAUUGCAGGUAUUGAGAAUACUCAUCAAGCAAAGGAAACAAAGGUUACCUGUGUUUAAAAUGUGAUUAUCUAUCCCAUGUAAGAGGCGAUCAUGAUAGACAGAACCGAAGGCGAUCGGUUGGAGAAGAGGAGGGGUUCAGUCGAUAUUAGUUUGAGAAAAAUCCAAACUAACAUUUUUUUAGAAAAUUUAAAUUGAUCAAAAUCAACCGAUUGAUGGCCGAUUUGUACUCCUCAACAAUCGGGGUAGUUUGAUCAUUUACUAAAUCAACCAUAGUCAAAUCAGUGGCAAUUUGGUGGGAAAA